UGUCGCGAGACUUCCUCCUCCCAGUAGCCAUGUUGAGCUAGCAGUAGCAUUUUUGAGCUUCACAAAAAUUGAAUAAUAGUUGAUAUUAAGUCAAAACAGAUAUGUAAAUUGAGAAAUUAUCAGAUGAUAGUGAAGCUGUUUCCCUACAGAAGCCAUGAAACAACCAGAAGUGCCGGUUUUAUCUGAAUUAGCUGAACUUCUCUGCUCGGAACCCGGAUCUGCAUUUCCACUGAAGCCGCCAGACGAGCCUCUGCGCUGUGCCUGCUGAUUCAUCUGCAGUUCAUCUCUGACAACCACACAGCUCCUCUUGGCUUACAGUCACUGCCUGAGAGGGACCGUCUGACACUGAAGAGGAAGUGUGUGUGCCAGGAUGGGGCCUGAUAUGUGAUCAACAGUCUCAUCGUGGGAUGUUCAGCUGGUGAGAAGUGUGACAGACGUGCCCUCAGCCCACAAAACCACCGGGGAAUCUGGGGGGGGAAUAUCAGAACUGGACAGAGAGCGUCGGCGGGGAGGGCUCAUGCACAGUCGUUGCCUGACUUUAUGACAAGCUGGUAGCUUUGGCAUGACAACAUGAAUUCACCGUACACAGCUGUGCAGCAUUACCCAGAGUUUCCCUUUCACCGACUCCGGGAACCUUCGUCUCGCUUGUCCUGGAGAGAAUUCACCACCAUGUCUCAGAACCAGUCGGCCCAGACCUCUGACUUCUUCAGCCAAGACGUCUUCAACCAACUGUUUGACAUGCUGGACCAGUCUGCCGCUCACUCGGUGCAGCCCAUUGAGCUGAACUUCAGGGACAGUCCGGCUCAUGGUUCUGCAGGAAACACCAUCCAGAUCAGCAUGGACUGCAUCACCAUGCACGAGCCCGACGACACGCCUACUUCGCAGUACACAAACCUGGGGCUCCUGAACAGCAUGGAUCAGAGCAUCCAGAACGGCGGCUCGACCUCCACCAGCCCAUACAACAACGAGCAUACACAGAACAACGUGACCGCCCCUUCACCCUACGCUCAGCCCAGCUCCACCUUCGACGCCCUUUCCCCCUCACCGGCCAUCCCCUCCAACACAGACUACGCCGGGACCCACACCUUCGAUGUGUCCUUCCAGCAGUCGAGCACAGCAAAGUCUGCCACCUGGACGUACUCGACAGACCUGAAGAAGUUAUACUGCCAAAUCGCCAAGACAUGUCCCAUUCAGAUCAAAGUCCUGACCAACCCCCCGCAGGGCGCCGUCAUCAGAGCCAUGCCCGUUUACAAGAAAGCCGAACAUGUGACCGAAGUGGUGAAGCGCUGCCCGAACCACGAGCUGAGCCGCGAGUUCAACGACGGUCAGAUCGCUCCUCCGAGCCACCUGAUCCGCGUGGAGGGGAACAACCACGCCCAGUAUGUGGAGGACUCCAUCACUGGGAGACAGAGCGUCUUAGUUCCUUACGAACCUCCACAGGUGGGAACAGAAUUUACCACAAUUUUGUACAACUUCAUGUGCAACUCGAGCUGCGUGGGGGGGAUGAACCGGCGCCCGAUUCUCAUCAUCGUGACUCUGGAGACCAGAGAUGGUCAGGUAUUAGGCCGCCGGUGCUUCGAGGCCAGGAUCUGCGCCUGCCCGGGCCGAGACAGGAAGGCAGACGAGGACAGCAUCCGCAAGCAGCAUGUAACGGACGCCACAAAGAGCAGUGAUGGUUUCCGCCAGGUUUCCCACGGCAUACAGAUGUCCACCAUCAAGAAGAGAAGAUCGACAGACGAGGAGGUUUUUUGUUUGCCUAUCAAAGGCCGUGAAAUUUAUGAGAUUUGUAAAAUCAAAGAGUCUCUGGAGCUCAUGCAGUAUCUGCCGCAGCACACCAUCGAGUCGUACCGGCAGCAGCAGCAGAACCUCCUCCAGAAACAGACCUCGAUGCCGUCCCAGCCCUCCUACGGCUCCUGCUCCCCCCCCCACAGCAAAAUGAACAAGCUGCCCUCCGUCAGCCAGCUGAUCAACCCCCAGCAGCGCAACACACUCACCCCAUCUGGCAUGACUGGAGGCCUGACUGACACUCCUUUUGUCUCUGCAGUGACUCCCAUGAUGGGCACUCACAUCCCCAUGAACGACAUGAGUUCACUGAGCCCCACACACGCCCUGCAGCCUCAGCUUCCCCUGGUGCCUUCCUCGCACUGUACCCCCCCUCCUCCAUACCCAAUGGACAGCAGCAUCUCCAGCUUCCUUAUACGGUUGGGCUGCGCAGGCUGCCUGGACUACUUCACAGCACAAGGCCUAACCAACAUCUACCAGAUUGAGAACUAUAACAUGGAGGACCUGUCCAGGAUGAAGAUCCCCGCUGAGUUCCAGCACAUCAUCUGGAAGGGAAUCAUGGAGCAUCGACAGGCCAUGGAUUUUUCCCCACCUCCCCACAUAGUGCGCACCACCAGCGGGGCCUCCACCGUCAGCAUGGGCUCCUCCGAGGCCCGAGGCGAGCGCGUCAUCGACGCCGUGCGCUUCACUCUGCGCCAGACCAUCUCCUUCCCGCCGCGCGACGAGUGGUCCGACUUCUCCUUCGACCUGGAUUCUCGCCGCAACAAACAGCAGCGCAUCAAGGAGGAGGGGGAGUGAGGCGACCCCGGCUCGCUCUCGAUGUUCCCGUUUCUCAUUUCCCGCCUGCUGUUGGAACAUUUCUUUUGACAAACCUGGUAUUACUGCAAAUCCCGCUGAGAUCAAAGAUUCAUAUUCAAAUAGAAGUGCACUUAUUCUUUCAUUAUUGUCCUCGCCAUCGCCGAGGAGAAACAAACGGCGUUGAGCAAAAGGUGCAUUUUAUUUUGUUCUAAUUUCUUGAGAGCACUUAAGAAAUGCUGAGGAUUGCUUUGAGUUUUCUUUUAUUCAUGAUUCAUUCCCAUGUUUAAAGCAUGACUGGAACAAAGGGAUUAUAAGGGCUUAUAUUUCUGCUAUGGGCCGUAAAGCAACAAAGUGUAUUUUAAUCUGUAAUAGACUUUUCUCACCGCUGAGGUGCAAGUUAGUCGAGUACACUGGUUUUUCAUUUGCGGCAUAAGUCGGCAUCGAUUGUAAACAUUUCAAACGUUUCCUGUCAGAAGUAUUAUGUCAAUUGAUGGGCAACUUGUUUUUCUGCUUCUAUAUUUUGCUUUUUUGUUUGUGUAUUGAGAGCAAUGCAUCCCCUUAGCGUGUCAGCUUGUGAAGUACGUGUUGAAGUGACGGUCGUUCAUUUGAUGUAGCCACAUAUAGGCCUGAAUGCUCCCGACCCAGUGUUUUACAGUAAAACACUAUGACUGACGUCCUUCUGUGUUUCUUCUCCUUUCAAUUGGAUGGUGUUUCCGUAGAGGUUUAUUUCAUUCGGCCAAAACCUGAUUUAAAUGUAUAUAAAUUUGUAUAGUUCUUUUUGAAUAAAGUCUCCCUUAAACAAUCACGGAACACACUGAUGUGAAUAUCGCCCGACCGUAAGAACAAACUUUGUAUUAAUUCACACGAAACCAGCAGCCAGCGUUGUUACAAAACAGAGACCAUCUGCAUUUUCAUAUUUUUUGUACAAUGUAUUGUAAAUAUGUUGCAUUAUACCGAGGCUAUUUUGAUAUAAAUCUGAAAUAAAUAUCCAUACUUGCUGUAUUGCAUGUUACUACU